CAUAUCGGUGUCAACUGGUGAGAUUCGUUAGAUGGUGUCGCGAAUCCUGUAAUAUCACGUCAAUCGCCGAGAGGAGGAAAAAGGUUCAAGAUGAGCGCUGGAAUGCCGGAGCUAGGCUCGAAGAUCAGCCUCAUAUCGAAGGCGGAUAUUCGAUAUGAAGGCCGGCUUUUCACCGUCGAUCCUCAAGAAUGCACGAUCGCUUUGGCCAAUGUGCGUUCCUUUGGAACCGAGGAUCGGGAGACACAAUUUCCAGUUGCUCCCCAAAAUCAGGUGUACGAGUACAUUUUGUUCCGUGGUUCAGAUAUAAAAGAUAUUCGAGUUGUUAAUAGCGUCAGCUCGAUUCCCAAUGAUCCAGCAAUUGUGCAGAUGACAGUACAACCCAGCAUGGGUCAGCAAUCGUACCAGCCACAACAUGGCUAUGGACACCCAAUGAUGGGUCAAAUGGGUCCAAUGGGUGGGCAGUAUGGUACACCAUAUGGUAUGACAAUGGGGGCAAUGGGACCUGUUAUGGGAAUGCCUACUGCUGGUAGGGAUCCUCGUGGACCCAUGAAUAAACAGCCAAGUGAGUUGAGCUUGGGUUCCACUGAAUCCAAAGCCAUCUCUGUCCCAAACUCUUUUAUGUCGGCCAACGUCGACUUAUUGCCAAAAGACCAAUCUCUGGAAGAUGGUGUACUUGAUCUGAUAAGUGGAGGUUCACGCUCCACGACGCCAAAUUCGUCCCUAUUGACAAGAAAAAGCCCGACCAUGGACCAAGGUAUUCAAGUGGGCCACCAGCAGCAGCAACAGCAGCAGCAACAACAACAACAGCAGCAACAACAACCACCUAAUACCAAUGUUGGGAAUAAAAUGAAUGAUAAGACUAACGUUAGGCCAGUUCACCCUCAGCAUCGCACUCGAGAAAGUCAUGGAACAGCACGAACCGGUGGUAACAUGAUGCAGUAUAACGAAGAACAUCGAGAUUCAAGCAAACAAGACGGUCAUAUGCAAGGUCAUCCUCAGGCUCCUCGUGGAGGUCCAGGUCGUGGAAAUCGUGGUGGUUGGGUUGUACGUGGAAAUGUUCGCGGUCGAGGACGAAACCGAUAUUUCAUAAAUGUCAAUCCAGCGGGUAAUGCUGGUACGAAGCCGAAAAAUACACUUAAAUUCGACAACGACUUUGACUUUGAGCAAGCUAACACGGAGUUCGAAGAACUGAGGUCUCAAUUAGCGAAGACGAAGAUCGACGGGGCGGAUAAUGAGAAGAAGGAUGAUAGCGGUAAUGAGACUGGUGCUGGGGAAGGAGAACCCGAGGAGGAGCCUGAAGUUGUUCACUACGACAAGACCAAAUCAUUCUUCGAUAACAUUAGCUGCGAAGCAGUCGAAAGAAGUAAAGGGAGAUCUCAACGCACUGAUUGGAAGACGGAGCGCAAACUGAACUCGGAAACGUUCGGCGUACCUUCUACUAGACGCGGGGGAUUCCGUGGCCGCGGGUACUACAACCGCGGAAUGGGCGGUAUGUAUCGCGGAGGCGGCGGAGGCGGAAGUGGCACCGGACCUUCCGGAAUCUACCGAGGCGGCUACCGAGGCAACAGGGGCUCCAACCGAAAACCCGGGAACCAAGGCUCGAACAGCAAUCCGACCAACCAGAAUCGCACGACCAACGAGCAGCCCUCGGCGCAAUCGCAGCAGGACAACCGCCUGAUAACGGAGACCGCGUAAGCGCCGGCCAGGAACCCGGCGACGCGCCACUAAUCCUAAGUAUUCGUUAGCCGAUAAGAUUUUACAAUACGCGCUCUGCCCCCUGGACUGAUAUGGAUUCGAGUUUUGGAAAUCGAUAAAUAGUGGUAACCUAACGGAUUAAUUUAGAGUACUUGCACGAACGUGGUGCGUUCACGAGGCGCUAGACUGACUAGCAGGCGCGAUUUGACGGCGGGCGAGGAAGGACUCCGUUGGCACCCAGGACUCUCGGGAGAGAGCCCGUUCUUUAAGCGGUACCGAGUACUACCUUUGGAUUAGAUCCUUCGACCGGAAGGAUCGUCUUUCGAACGUAAUUUCUAACGCCCUCGGCGAUCUCUCUCGCGGAACGUCAAGUCAAUUAACCCGGAGGGGGAAGUGCCGAGAACUCCGAGCCAGUAUUCCUCGCGCCGCGAGUCUCGAUCGGUCGGCCCGGCCGAUUUAUUCACGAGGAAGAUGUAUUUUCGAUGGACGCAUCGCGGUCGAUGGAACUUAGGGAAUGGGCCAGAAGUCUUCGUUUCGUCUAAAUCAAGAUAUGCACCGCCCAGUUUCGACGUGUGGGGUAGCGACUUCAAUCGGGGAGUUACCGUUAACGGCGUGAAUGCUGGACAUUUCGGAUCGCGGAGGGAUCGCAUCCGGGUGGCGGAAGUUACUGGGAUCAAUUUACGGCCGCGUCUGCAUGCGAAACUGGAGUGCACUGCGAAUUUUCACGAGGGUCGAGGCAUUCGGUAGGCCGUGAUUAACUAGGUGUCCGUCUUGCACGGCGUCGAAAUGAUACGCGAAGCUGCGCCAGAGAGCUUAUACGAGUAACGAGGAGGGUUAACGUUAGGAGUCCAAAUGGAUUAAGUCUAUCAUAGUUAAUACAGGUGAGUCUCGUGAUGAUCCGAUAUGUGCCGAUAAUAGGAGUCGCGCCUACGAAUUCCGAAUGAGAAAUAGUGCUCGAAAUGAGGAGACGAUACGACUAAAGAAUUGUAAAAUUAUUUCGAGAGUCGCGCGGGGGCUCACGUCGCUAGGGUCGCCUGCGAUCUCGCCGAGGACCAUCCGUGUAUCAUCGAACGCGGUGGAACGUCUCGGCUACUUCUAGGAGUAAGCAUCGAUUCCUUUGCUAGAAUUACUCGAAGAAAUUUCAAGUGGGAUGUAUAAGUGAGACGAGUCCGCGCGAACCGUAGCUCCAUUGUCAUUCGAGGGGCUCGAUAAUGCCUCGUUUCCAUAUACGCGGAAAGCACGCGGAAUCAACGCGUUAAACUUAAAGCAUUAGGCUGAUUGGUUAAGCCCUCUCGGGGCCAUUCCGCAUCGACUCCGCGUGCUUUCCGCGUAUAUGGAAAUGAGGCAUGAGGGCUGCCUAAACUCGGGAACUGGACCCUGUGCGAUUCAAGUUUCUAGUACAAGCUCGACCCCGCCACUGUUCAAUUGUUCGUCCACGUACGCUCGGUAUAAUUAUUCAGCCAGGUACACGUCCGAGCAAGGACGCGGACGAGAGAAGGCGAACAUACGAAUGUGGUCAAACGAUCGAAAUGCGAGAAACCUGCCAGGGAUCGUUCGACGCGCCAUCCGAGGCUGUCCGAAUGCCAUUCGCCAAGAUGUCCGUUUAUUGUCUCGAACAAUUCCAUUCAUUACCGCGUGCACGUCCGAGUAAAAGGCAUUCGUUCCGCCUCGCGUUUGCCUCGUACGAGUUCCCGUUCAGAUGUGUACUCGGCUUUUUUUUCGUUUCUUUCCUUUUCUUUUUUUCGGGUGGGGGGCGCUUCCGUUUGACACGGAAAUUUCUAAGCGUUUUGCCGCGCGUGCCCAGUGUGCGGAUGUGGUCGACUCGAAGAUUUGAAUAUUGCCUGGGCCGAAUUGCACGUCCGUCAUCGAAUUUUGGGGGCCCGCUCGAGCUCGAGGUUCUCUUAUGACAACCGUGCCCCUUGACCUCGAGGGAUGUUAGGCUGGGAGGGAGGAAUGAAAUGCAUCCUGUCGCCAGUAGAUUAGGACAAUAUAUUGCCAGGCGUAUUCCGAGAACAGCCAGAUACUUUAUAAUUAUUUAAGAUGAUGACCGUAUAUCUGCUAAGGCGAAAAGAAUUGUUUUACUUUUAUAUACUUACCAGAGGUUUUGAUUUUUCUAACUGGAACACGCGUAAUCGUUGUCUCCGGCCAUGGUGGAUAUUUCCGUAAAGAUUUCGCGCGGUGCACCGGUCUCGCAGCCAUCUUCGCGAGUUUAUGGUAUAUAUACUAUCGUCCAAUUACGAGCGCCAGGACGUUCCGUUCGAGGGGGGGUAGCUUUCCUCGGGGAAGAUCUUGCGGGAUGCGCAACGCGUAUGUAUUCGUCGUAUGUUAUUUCUCUUUCUUUUUUUUUUUUCUUUUUUUACGGGGGAGGGAACGGAACGUAAUACUGGUUCUUGUCAUUGGGUCGAAGGGCGCAAGACUGCUUGGAGGUACGGAAAGCGUGAGAUGGGUAUGGGGCUCCCUGGAGGAGCCGAUUCGGCGCUUUCGUAUCUCGAGGUCGUCGACGACGCCUUCUGGGCGUUUGUAUUUGCACGUUUGUAUUCGGAGGCGCGAGCCCUGGUGUACACACGGUCGCAGGGAAUCCGUGAAUGAUACUUAUCUCGAGGCAGACAUGAGCUAAUCGGAUGCACUGGGGAAGAACUGUACCGAGAGAAAGAUUGCUCGCGGCUGUUAUUUUUGUAUGGCUUUCUGCACACGGGGUCCUAUGCAUAGAAAUAUUAUUCGUACAGCUAGAGAUUCAGUUGGUCAUGUUACGAGGCGAGGAACCUCUCUAGGGUACGAGAUGAUACGAGGGUCGAAUCAAGAAAAUCGGGGUAAAGAAAAAGUGGAAGCACAAAAAAAAUAUAGUAUGGAGAAAAUAUAAGCUUUAAGUUUCAUCACGCAAUUAUGGACGGACUGGUAUACAACGCGCGCGCGGAAUAACGUGGGGUUGAUGGAGAAUACGAUGCUCGCGAUUUUCUGACAAAGGAUGUUUUGUUUUGUACAGCGGAUAUUGUGAUUCUCUCGAUGCUGAAUAAUACUGAGAUGAUGAAAUAA